AAAGUCGUCACUUCCGACGCUUCUGUAACCUGCGGGCGGGAAGCUGCUCCGUGGGUCUUCGUCCACGAUGGUCCGCAUAUUGAACGGAAUCGUCGCGGUGUGCCCGGAUCUGGGAAUCGGGAUCAAUGGAAACCUGCCCUGGCACCCGGUCAGGCUCAGUAAGGAAUUUGCGCAUUUCCGGAAGAUGACAUCAACUCCAUCUGUGAAAGGCAAGCAGAAUGUGGUGAUCAUGGGCAGGAAGACGUGGUAUUCCAUCCCAGAGAAGAACAGACCUCUAAACAACAGAAUCAACAUUGUCCUCAGCAGGCAGUGCAAGCCUUUCUGGCCCAGAAUGCCUCCUGCAGGAGCACACUACUUGGCGUCAGACUUCAGUUCAGCUCUCCGGCUGGUCGACACAGAACUGGCUGAGCAGGCUGACCAGGUCUGGGUUAUAGGAGGCAGCUCUCUCUACAAGGAGUUGAUGGAUAGCCCGGGAACCAGGAGACUGUUUGUCACGCGAAUCCUGAAGCAGUUUGAAUGUGACACAUUCUUACCUGAAAUCAGUCUGGACAAAUAUCGUCUGCUACCAGAGUUUCCAGAUGUACCACACGAGCUGCAGGAGGAGAAUGGGAUUCAGUACAGAUUUGAAGUGUAUGAGAGCAUCCAGGAAUGAAGAGACAAUGGAGAGAUAAAAAAAAAAGUGCAUGUGAUUUGUAAAUGAGCACUAAAAUAUAAAUGCUGAACUUACUGCUGGGAACAGGUGAUGGGGGAAAAAAACCCUAUGUAAACUAGUAUGGGAAUGGACCCACCCAGGCUAUGAGGGAAGUAAAGGAGGAACCAAAUCUAAUUUUAGUUUGUUCAGUUUUCUUCAAGCAACAAAUGACCUUGUAAGAGAGCGAGUGAUGUAAAGGCCAGUUAAAAGCACUGUGCUCUGAGCUCUUACUGUUCAGUCUCAGAUAAACCAUAAAUACGUCACAUCUAGUUACAAAAGCCAUGGUUCCACUUUAUAUUUUUUUUGUAAAGUCUCUUUUGUAUGAAAAAUAAAUGAACCUACAUGUUCCACCUA